AUGGAGCGCGGGAAAGGCCUCAUUCGAUUAGCUCGUGGCGCGGCGGACUGUCUCGUCGGUAUCCAUCUUGAUUGUCCGCGACAUGCGGCGCUGACUUGCCUACUCGAUCGUACCCCGCCUGUUGUUGCCGUUUCGUCCACCUCCGCCCCCGUGGCCUAUCAGACCGCGUUUUGUGCUUCCCAUAACGUUGCGGUUCGCGAUUUGAGUGAAUACAGCCAUGCGAGUUCUGCGAGGGAUGUGAAGGAUCAUGCGUGUGCUGCGAGAGCUGGGAGUCGUGCUGUUCAUUUCUCCUCGUGGGGACCUUUGCGGCAAUUCGUUGUCGCUAGUCGCGACACUUCCGCGAGUCGGACGACGAUCCCAUUCGCCAAGACGCGAGGUGCUGGGCUCAGUCCCGUGAGGACGGUAGCAGUUGCACGGCUGACGCGGCUCGAAGCCGAGAGAGCCGUUGACGGCAGAAGGUUAUGGCACAGCCGGCCCGCGUCGCAGGGGACGAGGCGAGCCACGUCAGCGACAGGCGACGACCCGAUCGCGAGUCACGAUCCGUCGCAUGACGCAGAUGCGACGACGUCGCAUGACCCGCAAUCGUCGUUCACCACGAUCGUCUCGAUCGACAAAGUCCCAACGGACCUGCUAGAUCUUUUCCGCGGGUGGGGGAUGGACGACCGCGAAGUGCGCCGCGUUUUGCGCUCGCGCCCGGGGCUCGCGCGGAGCGGCAUGGCGGAGAAGAUCCUCCCGGGUGUGCGCGUGCUGCUGGCGUGCGGUGUGCCUCCGCGCGACAUGGCGCUCGGCGCGCUGUACGAUUCAGUGUGGCUCGGGCAGCCCGCGGAAAAAAUAAAGGAGGUCGUGCGUUACCUCAACGGUCUCGGGCUGACCGACGGAGAGAGCAUUGGAAUGGUUCUGAGGAGAUUUCCGCGCGCUUUCGCGUUCGAUGUGACCACUCAGCUGCAGCCACGUGUCCAGAAGCUGUUGAACAUGGGUAUCAAGGACAUGUCAUACAUCAUCAAAGCCUGCCCACGUCUGCUGCAAUUAUCAUCCGAACGGGUUCAGGAGAGAUUAGAUUUCCUUGCACACGUAGCAGGCGAGGGCCACGUCAGCACCAUUGUGCAGCGCCAGCCGUACAUCCUCACCCAGCCAAUCUCAGAGCUCCAAUCCAAACUCGACGCCUUCCAGUUAAUCCUAGGGUCAGAAACGCUCGCAAGGAAAAUCUUCCGGCAGAUCCGACGGCUGCCAGCGCACUCAGCCAGCAAGAUGAUCUCCACCUUCCACACCCUCUGCAAGAUCGUCGGCGGGCAGGAAAACGCCCAAAAGGUGGUCGAGAAACGCUCCAGCAUCCUCGCUACCAACUCCGCCACCAUGCUUUCAAACUUCAACCACUGGCGAGCGCUUCUCCCUCGGCUCUCCCCCUCGGAACUCUCCAGUCUCUUUGAGCGGUACCCUGCUCUGCUGCACCUGAGCUGGAAGAGCAACAUUGCUCCCAAGGCGGAGUUUUUUUCGGCGCGAGCUGGGGCUGUCAGAGGCGGCUGUGGUGGCCGUGCCACUCGUGGCUUGCUAUAG